UCGAUGUUUGUAAUAAUUUCCUCUAUAGUAACUAUUUGCAGUCUCGCUGCUGUCUUCGCGAUGCAUGCUUGUGGUCAACUGAAUGUAAUGCAUACGUGGUUAAACGAGUUUACCGAGGAAAAGAAAACUCAUUUAGCAGAACAAAGACUUGCAGCCAUCGUGAAACAUCACUGCAGAAUCCUCAGUUUUGUACAACAAAUAGAAAGUAUUAUGAAUAAAGCCUGUCUAGCAGAAUUGAUGGGAUGCACGAUGAAUAUGUGUUUAUUUGGAUAUUACGUUAUUAUGAACUGGAGUGUGCUCGAUAGGGCAAAAAUAUUAUCACAUUUUAUGGGAUACAUAACAGCAAGUACCAAUAUAUUUAUAUAUUGUUACAUCGGUGAAAUCCUCACGGAAGAGGUAAUAUCUUGAAAUAAAAAAGAUUUUUUAGACGUGUGAAAAUUCAUUCAUUUUGAUUAUGUGCACUGAGAACAAAAUUUGUUAAUCCGGAAAAGUAUUUAGUUUGAUACGUGCAACUAAACAUUUCAGUUAGUUUAGCUAAACAUUAGUUGAAUUAACUAAUUCUUGAUAAAAAAAUUUUGGUAGUUGACAUGGUUGACGCUAUACCCUUUUUAGUGUAAUUUAUUAAUUGUUAAAAUAACUAAUGUAUAGUUAACUAACUAACAUGUGUGCAUGUUGCAAAUAUUACAAUAUUUUUUUAAUAUCAAAUUACAUACACAAUACAAGUAAUACAUAGUACAAUUAUAUUGUUAUUGCAAUUUCUAGAACCAGU